AUAACCCAGAUGCAUGUUUCAGUUCUUUCUUCUCGUCCCCAGAUCCUGCAAAUUUGAGAAGGCCCAGAUUUCAUCCCUUCCCGGAAUCCAGGCUCUUACAAAGUUCCACCAAGUUCUUCCUUUUUUCUUUCUCAAAGUUUGCUCCUUGGUUGUUCUUGGAGGUGGGUUUUGAGGAAUUUCUUGUGGGUUUUUGAUUUGGAUGAGCGAGAGGUUGUUGGGGGGUUUCUGUGUAUUGUGAUUGUGAGGAGGGAUUGUGGGUUGGUGAUUAGGAGCAGUUCUAGGCAGUGUGGUGGAUUUUCUUUAUUGUGCACUGAGGAAGUUCUUUUCUUUUGGCGUUUCUUUCUGUUUACGGGCGCUUUCGUUCUUUGAAAGAGGACAAGAAGGAAACGGAGAAGAAUAGAUCAUUGGGGAGUGUAAAUUGGGUGUUUAUGUACAAGAUGCAGCAAGAUCAGUUAAAGAAGGCUGGCAUAGUUGGAGGGAGAUUCCACCCUCCUCUUGCUUAUGUUUUUUUAUCCUUCUUUGAGUUAGAAACUUACAAACUAUCAUCUUAGCCAUGCAGAUGUUCUUGUAUGCUGAAGCAUAUGCAAUCACAUGGGCCUAAAAGAGAUGGAUUUUUUCACUGAAUACGGGGAUGCCAACAGAUACAAAAUUCUGGAAGUUAUCGGGAAAGGAAGCUAUGGAGUUGUUUGUGCUGCCAUUGACACUCAUACUGGGGAGAGAGUGGCGAUCAAGAAAAUACAAGAUGUUUUUGAGAACAUAUCGGAUGCCAUACGGAUACUGCGAGAAAUUAAGUUGCUUAGGCUCCUAAGACACCCUGAUAUUGUUGAAAUUAAGCGCAUUAUGUUGCCACCCUCAAAAAGGGAGUUUAAAGACCUAUUUGUUGUUUUUGAGCUCAUGGAGUCUGAUCUUCACCAAGUUAUCAAAGCUAAUGAUGAUCUAACACGUGAACACCAUCAGUUUUUCCUUUACCAGAUGUUGCGUGCUUUGAAAUAUAUGCAUACAGCUAAUGUGUACCACCGGGAUCUUAAACCGAAGAAUAUAUUGGCAAAUGCAAAUUGCAAACUUAAAGUUUGCGACUUAGGGCUAGCAAGAGUUGCAUUUAGUGAUACCCCAACAAUAGUUUUUUGGACGGACUAUGUUGCUACAAGAUGGUACAGAGCCCCAGAGCUGUGUGGAUCCUUUUUUACUAAGUAUACUCCUGCAAUCGAUAUUUGGAGCAUUGGCUGCAUUUUUGCUGAGGUUUUGUCAGGGAAGCCACUAUUUCCGGGUAAAAGUGUUGUCCAUCAACUAGAUUUGAUCACUGAUCUCCUUGGGACACCUUCACUGGAAACCAUCUCUGGAGUCCGAAAUGAACAGGCAAGAAAGUACUUGACAGAGAUGCGGAAAAAACAUCCUGUGCCAUUUCAACAGAAAUUUCCAAAUGUAGACCCUUCAGCACUUCGGUUAUUGCAGAGGCUUUUAGCAUUUGAUCCUAAGGAUAGGCCAACUGCAGUGGAGGCAUUGGCUGAUCCCUACUUCAAGGGCCUAGCUAAAAUUGAGAGAGAACCUUCUUGUCAGUCAAUCUCCAGGUUGGAAUUUGAAUUUGAGAGGCGAAGGGUGAUGAAGGAGGACAUUAGGGAGCUAAUAUACAGGGAGAUAUUAGAAUACCAUCCUCAGCUGCGUAAAGAUUACAUAAAUGGAAAUGAAAGCACCAAUUUUCUCUAUCCAAGUGCCAUAGGCCAAUUCAGAAAGCAGUUUGCACACCUUGAGGAAAAUGGUGGUAGAAGUGCUCCAGUUAUUCCUCUGGAGAGGAAACAUGUCUCACUUCCAAGGUCUACAGUUCACUCAAAUUUAACACCUUCUAAUAAUAUGCAGCCGAACUUGGCUUCAUAUAAUAACCGGGAAAUUGCAGAAGAUGGUUCUAAAAAUAGAGACAGCAAUACAAUUUCCAUGAAUCCAUCAAAGACUUCAAGGCCUCCCCCAAGGGUGCCAGCAGCUAAGCCAGGGAGAGUGGUUGGAUCUGUCGUGGCAUUUGACAAUGGCAGAAGCAUCAAAGAAACCUAUGAUGCAAGGCUUCUUUACCGAAAUACUGUCCCUACUACACAGACAGUCUCUCCUCACUGUUUUUUAAGGGGAAACACCAUGAAUCAAGGGAAACCCUGGCUAGAUGGUGACAUGGGUCCUUCACAACCCAAACCACACCCCCAACAUUGCAACAUGGUUGCAAAACCAGCACCCAUAAUGGUCGCAAAACCAGCACCCAUAAUGGUCGCUGACAUCAACAGCAAUCCAUAUUAUCAACCAGAAGGAAAGGCAGAUCAAAUUAAUGAUCGGAUCCCCAUUGAUGCGAAACUGCUUCAGGCACGAACCCAGUUCAGAGCAGUUGGUGCAGCUGCUGUUGCCGUAACUGCGCACAGGAACAUUGGAACUGUUCAGUAUGGUAUGUCGUAGCCAGGUAUGGUGGUCUCUAGCUAAUGAUGUAAUAAUCUGUACAAGAAUAGUAGCCCGGGGAGGGGGGAGUGGGGUGUGGGUUGUUAUUGGUAUUCGUUGUGUUUAGUCCUCCCAAUUUCUAAUCUACGUCCUCGUGUAAUUAUAUGCUGUAUCAUUUGAUUUCCUAAGCGAAAAUAAAUUGCUUUCCACUGU